AUGCGAGUUAGACAUCUCCAAACGCAUCUUCAAGAGCAGAACUUGGUAAACACAGGAAAGCUUUCUGAGCUCCGGAAUGUUCAAGUCGGAGUGGAUGCCGUGUUCUGGCUUCGCUCUAUCCAGGCAUUAAAGGACCCUUUCGCAGAUGCUCUGGGCGGUAUUCCCCCUGGCAUCUUCGGGUUUGUGGAUAAGGAGCUGGAGGCGUUCAGAGAGGCUGGGAUCAACCCUAUCUUCGUCUUUCAGGGCGUGGCACCGGGCCCCCAGCACUCCAUGUUUGUUAGCCGCAUGGACCAUCAAAUGGACAUGGCAUGGAAUUGCCUGGCACAAGGGGAGAAAUCACAGGCGCAGAAGUGCUUCGCGGUCUCCACGAGCCGAAUCAACGGCGAUUUCGUGUAUUUCAUCUUUCACCACUUGAGGCAAAAAGGCUACGAGUGUUUCCAAGCUCCUUAUUUUGCUGGCGCGCAGCUUGCACACUUUGCGGAGCAAGGCGUUGUAGAGACUGUCUUUGGGCCACCUGGACUGCUUCUGUAUGGAGUGAAGCACGUCAUUAUCCACCUCACGUUCCCUCAGAACACCUUUGACUGGGUCGAUCUGGACUGCGUUCUGGCAAAGUGGAACUUAGGUUGGGAUGAGUUUGUAGAUGCUUGCAUGCUGGCUGGGACAGAAUAUUGUCUCACUUACCCCUAUCUCAACUUGGGGAGCGUGGGAGGAGGUGGCAUGGCUGCAGCACAAGCCGCUGCUCAAGCUGCACGCUUCAACUUCGAAGCGGCCGUGUACAUUAUCAAACAGGCGCCACUGAUCAACUGGAUGCAGACGUUUCCCACAGAGGAGAUGAAGACAGAUCACGCGGACGGCUACUGCAUCUGCAAGGUGCUAGUACAAAAUUCCCCAGUUCUUCAUCUGCAGGAUCAUGCGAUUCGGCCCCUGGGUGCUUGUAGACCUGGCAGUUCACCGCCGCCAAUCCCCGUCGAUUUCUCCUUGAUCAUGGGCGCAAAGUUGCCUCCGGCCUUGUACUACCUGAUGCUGCACGGAAUCAUCUCCCACAAGCUGCCACAGGCAUUGGCCAAAGGCGAGUGGACCGACAAGUCUCAACCUUUGGUUGACACUGCGGAGUUUCGUGGGAUCCUUGGCGACUUGCAGGAAUACAGGCGGGUUUCCUUGGGGCUCAUCGCGCAGCAUCUGCAUCGUAGCUUUCACAAGAAGAACAUCUUGUGCAAGGCUUUCUGGGAGUCAAGCUCUGUCCGACAGGCGCUGAGUAGCGACACCAACCUACCGAAAGAGGCGCGCCUCAUCCAGCCGGAGAUCAAGCAGGGACUUUGCUGGAAGAUUCGGGCCGGGGCAGUUAAAGCGGAGAUGGCAAGACAGGGAGUCGAAAAGGUUGACUUCAAGUUUUGCCUGAACUGGCAUGCCCAUGAGUUCGAAAUCGAGGGCCAGCUGCUGAAGGGUCUCACCGACCAAGCGCCACCCACGUGCGAUGCUGACUUGCACUCGCUCUCUACGCUGGUGCACUUCAUUGUGCUGGAGAAGCUGGAUCUCAUCAGCGACGACGGAGCUGCGACAGUAUUGAGCGACGUGCUCAAGCAGACUCCGGCCACGCUAAUGGAACCAGGCCUGAUAGCUCUGGAGCUCAUGAAGUUCGGGCUGCUCAAUGGCGAGCCGUUCGAGGCUGCGCAGGAAGACAAGCCAUUCCCAGAAGAGAUCCACUACCCUGUCCCGGGGCAGCUCAGCGGGGCAGAGCGGGAUAAGGUGUGUGGAACAAUGUUGCUGUGCCGGGUGAUGUCCCUGGUCCCAAUGCGUCUAAGAAAUGUGAUGUGGGACUCUGACGUGGAUUUCGACCUUGCUGCUUUCCACGCCCUUGUGCGAGCGUUGAAGCGGACGCUGAGGCAGCUCGUCGAAGGAGCUCUGGCUUCGGUUCUGCUGAAGGACCUUUCCAAGGUCAAGCUCCUUCCCAAGGGCUUCAUGUGCGCCACCCCUAGCAAGGAGCACUAUCCGAACACACCGGCAGAAAUGCCGACGUUCAUGCUGCCGCGGGCGUGCAUGGGCAUCGUAGUGAAGUACUUCCUGGAAUACACGGGAUCCGCGGAGCAAUUCCGCAGCGACGUGGGCAAGCGCUUCCCAUGCUGCGUGCAGCCCAUCGAAGACCUGAGGCGAGCAGCUGAUGCCCAUGAAGCUCGAAUGAUGGUUCGUGCAAAGGCAACUCAUGCGCAUGAUGCUCGCUUGGUGGCCUGUGGUGCUCGUUCGGUGAUGCUCGCUCGGUGGCGAAGCCCGGGCGGCGGCUUGAAUUACUCCGGAAAUGGCCACCACCAAGCGAGCACUUUGAGCAUCACCUGGCUAUGGGGUUGUCCGGAAAGCAUUCACGUUGCCACGACCGAGUUGCUGCAACUGCACCGAUGUGGAGGAGAUGAGGCGAGCCAGCACCUAGGCCUCGAAGUGAUCGCGAGUGCUUUGUGCUGGAGCUUUCAGAACACAACCGACACCGCACAGGCAAGAGUAUCCUACGGCACAGCGCAGCAUGUCAGUGCUGCGUUCGCGUGGCUGGCCAGGGGCGCCAACGACUCGCGAGCCUCCUUGAGCGACGACCCAGCUUUCCUGAAGCUCGUCCAACGGACCUCCGCGCUGCUCUCGACAUUUAGGUCGCAGGCGCUGUCCACUGUUCUCUGGUCCCUGGCGCGGGUGGACUACUCCCCCGGGGACGAGUUUCUGGCUUCAGUGAUCGAGGCUUCCAUGCCGCAACUGAGCCGCGCGAAGCCGCAGGAGUUGGUGAACAGCGUCUGGGCAUGCGCGCGCUUCCAAUUUCAGCCUGGACCAGCCUACCUGAAGGCCGUGGCUCGGGCUGCUGAGCUCCGUCUUGAGAACUUCGCCUCACGCGAUGUUGCGAACUUUCUCUGGGCCUGCGCCAGGUUAGACUUUCACCCCGGCGACGAGUUCUUGCGGGCCGCUGUGACAAGGGCGGGCAAGAUCGCCUACAAGUUUGACUCUGUUGACCUGGCCAACUUGUUUUGGGCGCUGGCACAGUUCGGCUUCAGCGCUGAGGAGGAUCUCUUUGAAACGCUCCUGGCGCAAAUGGAGGUGAAGCUUCCAAGCUUUGAGCCUUCGAAGUUGACGAGCCUGAUGUGGGCCUGCUACAAGCUCAAUCUCAAGCCCAGCCCCUCGCUUCUCAACUCCCUGCCGCAGAAGAGCGAUUCUGUUCUCACGGAGCUAGGGCCACGUGGCCUCUCUUUCAUGCUCUGGACGUACGGCCUCAUCGGCGAAAGCCCAGGUGGGCAGAUAGGUGAUCUUCGACGGUUCAGAGACACGCCGUACAGAGUCAGGAAGGCGCUAAACCCUAAACCCUAA